AUGGGUCGCGUGAGGAAGGCGGCGGCGGCCUUCGGGGCCGAGCUGGGCGUGCGGAUCGCACUCUUCGCGGCCUUCCUGGUAACAGAGCUGCUCCCUCCCUUCCAGAGGCUUAUCCAGCCAGAGGAGAUGUGGCUUUACCGGAAUCCGUAUGUGGAAGCGGAGUAUUUCCCCACCAAGUCGAUGUUUGUCAUUGCAUUUCUCACUCCACUGUCUCUGAUCCUCCUGGCGAAAUGGCUCAAGAAGGCAGACACAGCAGACAGCAGGCAAGCCUGCCUGGCUGCCAGCCUUGCCCUGGUUCUGAAUGGUGUCUUCACCAACACAGUAAAACUGAUAGUAGGGAGGCCACGCCCAGACUUCUUCUACCGCUGCUUCCCGGAUGGGCAGGCCCGUUCCGACUUGAUGUGCACGGGAGAGGACGCCGUGGUGAAUGAGGGCCGCAAGAGCUUCCCUAGCGGACAUUCUUCCUUUGCAUUUGCUGGGCUGGCCUUUGCUUCCUUCUACCUGGCAGGGAAGUUACAUUGCUUCACACCACAAGGCCGUGGGAAAUCUUGGAGGUUCUGUGCCUUUCUGUCACCUCUGUUUUUUGCAACUGUGAUUGCACUGUCCCGCACCUGUGACUACAAGCAUCACUGGCAAGAUGUACUGGUUGGAUCCAUGAUUGGCCUGACAUUUGCCUAUGUCUGCUAUAGGCAGUAUUACCCUCCUCUGACUGAUGCAGAAUGCCAUAAACCAUUUCACAGCAGACUUGUACUUCCCCCUGCACAAAAGAAUUCUAUGGGCCCUUAUCAUUUUGAUAUUUAGAAACUGGAGCUACCUCAAUGGAGAAUAAUAGGUGAAUCAGCCACUCCUUUCUGGACCAUGAAAAGAUAAGAAUUUCCUACCUUUUGACCUCUUAAGAAGAACACGUGAGGACAUCAGCAUCUACUUCCAUAUAAUUAUGCAGUUUUGCCCCUGCUCACAUGAAUUUAUCAUGAGGAGUCAGGGUUCUUUUCCACUACUGUAUGCCACACAUUCUGAUAAGAGAUCUUUCAAUUGUCCUCCAACAGCUUACGAAUCUGGUCCAUUAGAUUGGUAUCCCAAGAUCUACAGUGUUUCUACACUUAAUAUAAAUGCCUUAGAAGGAUCUUGUCACAAAGAAGCCUUUACAUAGCUCUACUUUAUCCUAAAAGCUAGAAUUAAUUCUCAAAACUUCAUUUCCUAUACCUUGAAAUCUUAAAAUUUAGGGCAUGACCAACUAAAUUAUUUUGGUUCUGUUUACUUUUUCUGGUGACAAUCCCAUCAAGCCUUAACUAGGAAAAUGUCCGUUUCUGGCUGGUUUACCAUUGCUAUGCAUAUCUUACCCAAGUCCAGCUAAAUAAUACUGUCUAUUUUUAAUACUGUGAACAUAAAUGAUUUGUCAAAUUACUAAGCAAACACAAUAAAAAAGAAAAUGGUUAGGAGUGUGGUUUCAGUGCUAACAACUGAUGACCAUUUCUACCUCAUUUGUCUUAACUCUGCUCAUGAGCUUCUUUUUCCCUUCAUGACUGAAGAUCUGCCCAAAUGCAUCACCUUUGCCAACUGGCUAAGGCAGGAAAGAAAAAUUACAGCCAUCGUUAUCUGGAGAACCAGUCUUUUUCUGUCCCAUCUUCACAAUGAGCUACAAGGAACAAUUAUGGGAUAUCAUCAGAACUGAUGCUAUAGUACCUACAACUACCUUUCUCUUUAUUGAGAUUAUAUGUUAGACAUGACCUUGUCUUACAUACUUCUUUCUAUAACAUAUUCUCAAUGUAUCUUUUCCUUCAGUAAGUGUGAUACUCAAAUAAAAUGGUAAAUGUGU